CAACAUUUUGUGGUACGGCCGGUAAUGACCUAGAAGAAGGUUAUCACUUCAAUUCUUUGGAUUUUGAAAAAAUGGGCUCAUAUUUUUGUGAUACAUUGCUUGAUUAUAUCGAUCCAGCUAAUGAAAAGACGGAACAUAUUAUGCAAUAUUUGAAAAAUCGUGUUGUUUCUUUGAGAAUGUCUAAACCAAAUGAUUUCGACGAUGAUGCAGUUUCUUCGGAUAACAGUAGCGAUACUGGAUCGGAUAGUUCAAAUUGUGAUGAGUUACCUGCAUAUUACGUAUACUUAUUGCAAAAA